AUGAUUUCUUUUUGUCUUCUCUUUUAGAUAUUGCUAUAUGGAGAUUUGCCAAAAAAUAAAGAAAAUGUAAUAUAUUUAGCAAAUCAUCAAAGCACAGUUGACUGGAUUAUUGCGGACAUGUUGGCUGCACGACAGGAUGCCCUUGGACAUGUGCGCUAUGUGCUGAAAGAUGGGUUAAAAUGGCUUCCAUUGUAUGGGUUUUACUUUGCUCAGCAUGGAGGAAUUUAUGUAAAACGAAGUGCCAAAUUUAAUGAAAAAGAAAUGAGAAACAAACUUCAGAGCUACGUGAACGCAGGAACACCAAUGUAUCUUGUGAUUUUCCCAGAGGGAACAAGGUAUAAUAAAACACACACAAAACUGCUUUCAGCCAGUCAGGCAUUUGCUGCUCAACGGGGCCUUCCAGUAUUAAAACACGUGCUGACACCAAGAGUAAAGGCAACUCACGUUGCUUUUGAUUCUAUGAAGAGUCAUUUAGAUGCAAUUUACGAUGUCACAGUGGUUUAUGAAGGAAAUGAGAAAGGGUCAGGAAAAUACUCAAACUCACCGUCCAUGACUGACUUUCUCUGCAAACAGUGUCCCAAACUUCAUAUUCACUUUGAUCGUAUAGACAAAAAUGAAGUUCCAGAGGAACAAGAACAAAUGAAAAUAUGGCUUCAUGAGCGUUUUGAGAUAAAAGAUAAGUUGCUCAUAGAAUUCUAUGAUUCACCAGAUCCAGAAAGAAGAAACAAAUUUCCUGGGAAAAGUGUUCAUUCCAGACUAAGUGUCAAGAAGACUUUACCAUCAGUGUUGAUCUUGGGUAGUCUGACUGCUGUCAUGCUCAUGACAGAUUCUGGAAGGAAACUGUAUGUGGGUACCUGGUUGUAUGGAACCCUCCUUGGCUGCCUCUGGUUUGUUAUUAAAACAUAAGCAAGUAAUGUGCUCCGGUCAUUUGUCUCUUACUGAUGGCUACACAUUACAUCACAUUGUUUCCUGAAUUAAAUAAGAAGUUUUUUAAAAACCUUGUUGAUUGAACACUGGAUAAAAUAGAAUUAGUGACCACAGCCAACAUGCAGUUGAUUUGGGGCAGACACACAUGGCUUUUCAGGUGCUGGAGUUGCUGGACACAUGCAAGCUAAGUGGAGUUUAUGCUAUUUUUUAUGUUCUCCAUGAACUAAUGUCCACUUGUGAAGAUUAUUUGGAUUGUAUAAUUUAAUGUUUGUAAUUCAGAUGGCUGUAUUUUAACAUUACUUUGUAGCAUAUUUCACUAUAUUCAUUACCUUACAUUUUGGUUACUUGGCAGCUCAAACUCCUAUCACUAAGGUAUUUUAUAUUUUGAAGCUAUGUGAUACUGGGUUUUUGUUAAAUUCUGCAAGUCAAUGAAAGAUACUGUAAUUAUGUGUUGAAAAGUUCAAAGAAAAAAGGUGAAAAGUAUUCAUGGUGAAAAUCUGUCUAGUGUAUAUUUUUAUUAUAUUGUUCUAUUUAGCUAGUUUUCUUUAUAUUUGCAAAAUAACAAACAUUUCUAAUAUUUAUUAAAAUUGAUUAAUUUGCAUUCCCCUCUUCUGCAGAGAAUAAUGUGUAAAGUGUCCGAAUGGAGUUGAAGCUCUGUUAUGACUCUGUCUCAUUUGGCAGAGCUUUAAAUAACCCAGCGUCUGAGCUACUGAGUUAGUGCCUCCUAGCAUCUGUGCUGGACUGCUUUUAAACACAAGGGUUCCUGUUAUUUUCAUAUUGGAAUGGACAUCCACAGAACUCUAGGUGAUGGAAGUCUGCCAGCAUCCUGACUAUCUGUCCUGGCACGUGCCUUCUGCCUGUCUCCCUUUGCUUUGGCGCUGCAUUUGGACUGGAGCGUGUGCACUCAUGGUUGCUUGCUGCUUGUUCCAGCCCUUGCCCUCUGGCUUGGUGUCCUCCAGUGGUGCUGUUCAUUGUUGGGUUGCAGGCAGUGCUGCCCGGCUCAAAGAGGCAUUUCCCUGACUCCUGUGGGUAAGCCUCCUUGGCUACUGCAGAAGCAUUUUGCAUUUGUUUAUGUCAAGAAGCAUCAGGAUUGGGUAAAUGUUAUUUCUCUUCAGUUUUCAUGGAGCCACACUGUUGAUACAUAUCACCUGUGAACAAGAGCUACCUUCUAGGACCAAAUCACACUGUUCUCAGUCAUGGAACAGUGUAUCCUAUGGAAGGAGGCUUUCUAAAGUUUGAUUUGCUGUAUUUUUAUGUUGUAAUUUAAGUGUGAUUGCCUACCAGUCCUUUAAGGUAACAUUUCUGCAUACUUCAUGCAGAUUUUUGUCACAGAAUUAUAUACCAUUAAUCAAGUUGAAAUAGACAUUUAAAUCACAAUAAAUAAAUUUUGUUUAAGUUGAGGGAAAUUUUGCCUCUUAUAUUUGUUUUCUUAAAACCAGGAAAUGAGUCAUUUCAAACAUCUUUGAAGAGUCAUGUGCUGUCACUUGGUUUCUGUGCAUUUGUAUAUUCAUAUAUGGAUAUGUAUAUUCAUAUAUGGAUAUGUAUAUUCAUAUACAAUACACACACAUCCACAGAACAUAGUGUCCUAAAAACGAAUAAAAAACUUGUUCAUCAUG